GCAGUUGUUUUGAAAUCAUCAGCUCUGUCCUCCGAGGGACGCUCGACUCUGCUGCUUGAGUCUGCACCGAGCAGCCGCCUCGGUUAAGUCCCACGAUGCCGAUCAAUAAGACCCACGUCAGUGUCGCCUACUCUUCGCUCGGUGUGAUCCUGGGGGUCUCUGCCUUCCUGGUGUGGAACAUCGUGUACAAACAGCAGUGGACCGGGGCCAUGGGGGGUCUGUCAGGUGUUUUGGCCCUGUGGACCCUGAUCACUCACGUCAUGUACCUGCAGGACUACUGGCGGACGUGGCUAAAGGGGCUCAAGUUCUUCCUUUGCAUGGCGAUUUUCUUCUCUGUGCUCGCCAUCGUGGCCUUCGUCGCUUUCCUCUCCAUUGCCAUCAGCAGGAAAGAGUCUUUCGCUGACCCUCGGAGUCUCUACCUGUCGGCUGUGUGGAGCGCCAUGAGCCUGAAGUGGUCCUUCCUGCUCCUCCUGGCUGCCAAACGCUACCGCAAAGAGUUUGCGGACAUCAGCAUCCUCAGUGACUUCUGAAUUCGCUGCCCUGUCCUGCAGCCACCACUCAGAGACUUUGGAGUCCAGUCACUGUGCUGGCUCUACAGCCCGAAUGAGCACUGUAGCAAAUUUGGAGGAACUGCGGGAAGUUUGAAAACUAAUUUCUUCACUUUGUUGCACUUGCAUCACCGCCUUAUUUUCUUCCCAUAGGAAGGACUUCUGUUGAAUCCAGCACUCUUCUUUACAGUCCAUAAUGGUCUUAUUAUUUGGCAUCUACAAAUGUAAUCAUUUGCACAUUCCUGUCUUUUUUUUUUUUCUCUCCAACACUAGAAUUUCAAUACACUCUUGUGGAAAAAAGUUACAGUUUCAUGCUACUGCCACUAGAGGUCUCUACUCCUCCAACUAUAAUGAAACAGUUUGGAUUUCCGUACGUCAACCUGACUCUGGCUUCCUUAUUCAUGUUGUAUAUCAUGAAUAAUUUCUUCCUAGAGAAUGAAGAAAGUCUUUUACAGAUAAGUCACCUUCCUAAAUAGUGUUAAAAAAAAACAACUAAAUGAAACAUUUAGACUUUCUUUUGCAAAUUUUAACUAUGUAUAAAAGACCUCAAUUCAGGGGGAUUUUAAUGUAAAUAGGUUUUGUAGUAUUUAUAAUUGCCUGCAAAAGUUUUGUUGUGUGUGCGCUUAAGCGUUUGCUCAUUCUUGCCUACUGCCAUUGUUGUUUAGAUUAUUUCCCGUUUUCACUUUAAGCCUCGUUCUUUGGGAUUCAUCUCUCUGAGCUAAUCUGAAGCUUUAUGGCAUUACACAUCGACAUGGAUCUGUCAAUCUGUGAAUGUAGAACUUUGGGGAUUUUUUGUACACGAUUGGAUCUGUUAUUAAAGUGCACUUUUCACAUAAAGAGGGAUUUGCGUAGUGCAGUGUGGACAAUAAGUGUUCCUCUUUUUUAGGGUUUGAUGGCACUUUCUGUUCCUCUGAAACUUUUUAUAUUUGGUAUAGUUAAAAAAAAAUGCUUUUUUUGUUGUUGUUUUUGCUGUGUCAUAUCAACUGUGUCAUGUUGUAUUUAAGUUGUCUUUUUAUAGAUAUGCUAUACCUUAAAUAACAAGGUUAAACCUGUAAGUGUUCCAGAUUUAGCCAGACUAAUUUCCAUCUGUAGUCCGAACAUUAAGAGGAAGAAACUAUAAAUUCUGACAGAAAUUGAAGUCAACACCUAAAACAUACAUAUGACAGAAUAAGAAAAUAAUAAACUAGAAAAUAAAAGAAUUCAGUGGCACAAAAAGCUUUUAAGAGUUUUGACAAAUUGAACGUUGCUUCAGACGUUCAACCUGUGGAGGCCUGAAGACGGAGCAUGACUCUUCAAGUUUGGGAUUAAACCUGAUCCAACACUUU